AUGGAUUUGUACCUUGUUGGAUAUCUACUGUGCGUGUGGUUGUCCAGCUCGCGAGUGCUUGGAGGCUAUCCCAUUUGGUGGUCGCUAGCUCUGGGGCAGCAGUACUCGUCACUGGGCUCCCAGCCCAUCCUGUGUGGCUCUAUACCGGGCCUAGUGCCUAAGCAGCUGCGCUUCUGCCGCAACUACAUCGAGAUCAUGCCCAGUGUGGCAGAGGGUGUCAAACUGGGAAUACAGGAGUGCCAGCACCAGUUCCGUGGCCGAAGGUGGAACUGCACUACGAUUAAGGACAACCUAGCCAUCUUUGGCCCUGUACUGGACAAAGCUACUCGAGAGUCUGCAUUUGUGCAUGCGAUCGCAUCAGCCGGUGUGGCAUUUGCAGUGACUCGAUCAUGUGCAGAGGGAACCUCCACAAUGUGUGGAUGUGACUCGCACCACAAAGGGCCACCAGGGGAUGGCUGGAAGUGGGGUGGCUGUAGCGAGGAUGCUGAAUUCGGGGUACUUGUGUCUAGAGAGUUUGCAGAUGCCAGAGAAAACCGUCCGGAUGCCCGUUCUGCCAUGAACCGGCACAACAAUGAAGCUGGGCGAAUGACCAUUUUGGAAAACAUGCACCUGCGCUGCAAGUGCCACGGCCUGUCAGGCAGCUGUGAGGUAAAAACCUGCUGGUGGGCACAACCUGACUUCCGCUUACUUGGAGACUACCUAAAGGACAAAUACGACAGCGCAUCUGAGAUGGUAGUGGAAAAGCACCGGGAGUCGCGGGGCUGGGUGGAGACGCUGCGUGCUAAAUAUGCCUUCUUUAAGCACCCCACAGAGAGAGACCUGGUGUACUAUGAGGGCUCGCCCAACUUCUGCGAGCCCAACCCAGAGACGGGCUCGUUUGGCACACGCGACCGUGCCUGCAAUGUGUCAUCCCAUGGCAUUGAGGGCUGCGACCUGCUCUGCUGCGGCCGUGGCCACAACACGAGGACUGAGAAACGCAAGGAGAAGUGCCACUGUAUCUUUCACUGGUGCUGCUACGUCAGCUGUCAAGAGUGUGUCCGAGUGUACGACGUGCAUACGUGCAAAUGA